UAAGGUAUGCCGCCACUCUCUCCUCCUCCCCUUUUAACGACACCCUGAAACUUAACCUCCGCUCAGCCCUCCAACCCAAAUGCUAAUAGGGCUCCCCUAAAACAGAGAGCCGCUAAUGCUAAAAUACGCCGCAGUGCGCUGUUUGCUCUCCCCUAUCGUCAGCCACAGGCUACUCCUCAUCUCCACCUUCUCCUCUUCCUUCCAUCUGCCCUUCCUCCCAUCCAUCGCACCGUCCGUCGCCCCCGACAACCAUCACCUCGACCUCGAUCCCAAAGACAUCGCCUCCUCCUUCAAGGAAUGGUUCCGAUCCCGCGACGAGGACGAUUCCCUCUUCGAUCUCAUCUUCAAGAUCCUCACCACCCACGACGAUUCUGCGGCGGGCCCCGCGCUCUCCCGCCUCGGCCUCUACCUCUCAGAGCCGUUCGUCAUCCGAGUCCUCAGACACGGACGGUCCGACGUCCUCCCCUGCCUCAAAUUCUUUGACUGGGCGGGUCGCCAGCCCGGGUUCCGCCACACCCGGGCGACCUACCAUGCCAUCUUCAAGAUUCUCUCCCAGGCUCGCCUCAUGUCCGUCAUGCUCGACUGGCUCAGGGCCUUCGCUCACCAGACUCAGCGCUCUCGGGUCCGCUUCUUCGACACGCUCGUCAUGGGCUAUGCUGUUGCUGGCAAGCUCGAGGUUGCACUCCAGCUGUUCGGCAGAAUGCGCUUCCAGGGCCUCGACCUUGAUAUCUUCACAUACCAUGUCCUUUUGAAUGCACUCGUUGAGGAGAAAAGCUUCGAUGUCGUUGACGUUGUCUCGAGGCAGAUUACGAUGAGGGGCCUCGAAAAUGAUGUCACGUGUUGUAUCCGAAUGAAGAAUCUCUGCAAGCAGAACAGGCUUGACGAGGCUGAAUUGUAUCUGCGUGAGUUGGAGACAAACCAUGACUUUAUCAAUGAACACAUCCUCAGCGUGCUCGUUGAAGCCCACUGUAAGCAGAAGAAAUUUGAGAAAGCGUGUGGCCUGAUUGAGGAAUUCGGGAAGUCUGGUAAGGUUCGGAUGGGACCCGCUUACAGAGUUUGGAUACAGGAGCUGAUCCAUGCCCGGCAGGUCGAUACUGCAAUGGAUUUCUUUCAUAGUAAGAGUAAGAUGGAAGGUUAUGUUCCUGAGGUUUUCUGCUAUAAUAUGCUGAUUUGUGGGCUAUUGAUCGAGAAUAGGCUUGAUGAAGUGUAUGAUCUGUUUGUUGAAAUGAGGGAGGGGCGGAUAUCGCCAGAUAAGCUGACCAUGAAUGCGGCUCUAUGUUUCUUCUGUAAAGCUGGGAUGGUUGAUGUGGCAAUUGAAUUGUAUACUUCAAGGCUGGAGAUUGGGCUUACACCAAAUAGCUUGGCGUUUAACUGUCUGAUCAAUGCACUUGUCGGGGAUGGGAGCACCGAUGAGGCCUGCCAUGUGUUAGAGGAUUCUUUGAAGCAAGGGUACUUCCCUGGAAAACGGACGUUCAAUAUUCUUGCAGACGCGCUGUGCAGGGAAGGGAAGUUGGAUAAGAUGAACAAGCUGGUUGACAUUGCUCUGCAGAGGAAUAUCAAGCCAAGCAAUGCUGUUUGUGUCCAGUAUAUAUCUGCCCUGUGCAAGGCCGGAAGGGCAGAGGAGGGCUAUAUGGUGCCUGUGAAAUUUAAUCAAACAGGUAGUGUCCUGAAUAGGUAUACUUAUGUUAAUCUCAUACGUGGCUUUAGCAAUUUAAGAAGGGGAGAUAUGGCUUUGAGGCUUCUGCUUGAAAUGCAAGAGAGCGGUCAUGUUCCAACCCGGAGCUUGUAUCGAGCUGUUAUUGGUUGCCUUUGCGAAUUGGGUAAUUUGGAUCAGGUUCUGAACUUGCUUGACAUACAGUUGUCAUGCCACAAACAUGAUCGUCGCAUUUACAACUACUUCAUCGGCGGGGCUGGGCACGGCAGGAAACCUGAGCUGGCAAGGGAAGUGUUGGAGAGGAUGGUGAAUAGAGGCAUCCAACCCAAUAUAGAAACCAACAUUCUCAUGCUGCAGAGCUAUUUGAAAAGCAAACGGAUUGCCGACGCUCUGAAUUUCUUUAACGACUUGUGCAAGAAACAAGAGCCCAGCAACAGGCUCUACAAUAUUAUGAUCGUGGGUCUUUGCCAGGCAGGCAGACCAGAGCUGGCACUAAUGCUGUGGGAGGAGGUGAGGGAAAAAGGAAUAAUCCCAAGCCUCCAUUGCUAUGAGGAGCUUGUACAUGUGUUAUGCACAGCUGGGAAUUAUGAUAUGGUUGUGAAGGUCCUUAAGGACUUUGAGGAAACUGGUCGUCAAGUCUCUUCUUUCAUUUGCAAUGUUCUUUUGUUGCACACUUUGAAGAAUCGAGAGCUUAACAGAGCUUGGGUUCAGUCAGGAGACAUAGAUGGGGCAGCGGCUCAGUCGAGAAAUUUGAUGCUUGGGCAGCUUGUGGGUGCAUUCUCUGGUGGUAUCAGAAUGAAGGAACAUCUUGACAACUUGGAAGAAGUGGUCGAACAGUUCUUUCCAGUUGAUAUUUAUACUUACAAUAUGAUAGUGAGAGCACUAACAAUGGAGGGGAGAAUGGACUAUGCCUGCGAGUUAUUUAAUAGGAUUCGGAAGAAAGGUUAUGAGCCUAACCGAUGGACUUAUGACAUUAUUGUACAUGGUUUCUGCAAACAUGGUAGACGAAAGGAUGCUGAGAGAUGGAUGAAAGAAAUGUACCAUAAUGGAUUUUACCCAACUUGGUGCACAAUUGAGAUAUACAAUAACAUGGAAAUCAACAUAUGAUUCUGAGGAUGAUCAUUGUCAUGCUUUUUACAACCUUUCACUGUUUGAAUAUCACAGCUCGUGGUGAUCAGCUAGAAAACAGGUAAUCCCAGACUUGUAUAUUAAUCUUUACAUGAUUACUCCAGUUCUCUUUCAGCAUUGAUUGAAUACAGUUCAUGAUUCAUUGAUCGUGGAGAGGGAAACUUCUUACA